AUGUCUCUUAUAUUAAUGGAAAUUUAUGACCACCUCCUAUAUACAGCAGCAAACGGCCAUUCGGGACAGAUAAAACAGCUCUUGCAAAAGAAAGACCUCAUCAUCGACCUCGAGUGUCCAGACGACGACGGCCGAACCCCUCUUAUACUGGCCUCUAAGAACGGCCACGCAGCCACCGUGAAGCUACUUCUCGACAACGGCGCCAAUAUCGAGGCCACCGAGAGAUGUCACGGCUUCAACUCACUUAUACUUGCGGUUAUUCACGGCCAUAAACAAGUUGUCAAUAUUUUAUUGGAAAGGAAAGCGAAUAUUGAGGCUGGCGACUUUUUAUCUCGUACUGCGCUUUUUUGGGCCGUUGCGAAAGGCAUCGAAGGGAUGGUGGAGCUGCUGCUUGCGAACAAGGCAAAUGUCGAUGCUCGAGAUAAACGCGGCCUCACGGUGCUUUGGGUGGCGGCUGAUAGCGGGCGCGAAAAUAUAGUCAAACAGCUCCUCGACCAUGAUGCGGAUAUCGAGUUCAAGGACCCCAGAUUUUACAAGACGCCAAUAGCAGUGGCAGCGGAGAAAGGCCAUGAAGAAAUAGUCGAGAUGCUUCUGCAGAGAAAUGCAGACAUUGAGACUGCAGAUGUGAAUGGCCAAACGCCAUUGUUAUUGGCAGCAAAGAAUGCUCAGGAGGCAGUUGUGAAGUUGCUUCUGGAGAAUGACGCCCAAAUAGACAGAGAAGAUGACCAGGGACAGACUGCUCUGGCAUUGUUCUCGGUCUGCUGCGCUGCACCACCGACCAAGCCAGUCAACAUGGCUGGGACGAUGCAGCUGCUGAUACGGAGCCAUGCUGAUAUCAACACGGAGGAUAGACAUGGGCGAACACCACUUUGUCUAGCUGCGAUGGCUGGUCAAGAAGCAAAGGUCAAACUGUUAAUCCAGCGAGGAGCCGAUAUUGAGCACCGGGACGACUUUGGACAGACUCCCCUUGCACUUGCUGCUUGGUAUGCUCACCCAGAAGCAGUAGGUGUACUCCUUAAGAACCAUGCCGACACCGAAUCGAUAGAUAAUAAUGGCUUGACACCGCUAUUGCUGGCCGUCGAGGAGCACCCCGGAAGGCUCGGAUUUCCUUUUCGCAUCAGGGCUCAGCAAAGAGAAGUGGUGAGGCUGCUGUUGGACAACAAGGCCAACGUCGAUUGUCAAGACAAAAAGGGCCGCAAUUCGCUUUCCAUCGCCGUGCAAUGGGGUCAUGUUGAAAUGGCAAAGCUGUUGUUGGAUAGCACAGAGAGUAUCCAGCUUGACUCGGCUGAUCGCCUUGGGAGAAGUCCGAUCUUCUAUGCUGCUAUCCAUGGUCAUGGAAGUAUCCUCAGCCUCCUCGUCUCUUACGGCGGUCUGAUCCAUCAGAAGGAUCAUUAUGCUGUCACCCCACUUCUUGCAGCGGUACAGCAUGGUCACGAAGACCUAGUCCGUAUGAUUCUCAACCUUGAUCCGAUUCAAGAAGAACCAAGUGAUUGCUUUGGCCGGUCUCUGUCAUGGUGGAUUCAAGCCACUGGAAAUAGCUCUCUACGACGUCUUUUUACCGACAAAGGGAUCAGGAUAUCUGGCAUCUCAGUCCCUGAAGUUCACUUCAAUUCGAGUGAACGAUCGUCUUUAUCCUGUGAUGUUUGUACCCUCCCAAUGUCCAAGGGUAUAUACUACUUCGGAGCGCGCUGUCUAGAUGCUUCUCAUGAACUUGUGCAAACCGCUUCAUCCGCGAAGCAAUAG